GGGGCGGGUCAUAAUUCACGCGCCCGCGUGGGCCUCGCCGCCACUCGCCGGCGCAAGUAGCGCUCCUUCCCCGUGUUAAAAAGCCGGACGCCUCGCCGAGGAACGGGAGAGGGAACUAGGGAGGGGGGCACGCGGCGGCGCGGAGGAAGCGGAUGGGAACAGGAGGAGGCCGAGGCGCCCACGGCCGCGACCGGGUGCUCGUCGUCGUCGCUGCAGCGGAAGCCACUGAGGGGGAGGAGCCGCCGAUCUGCUGCGAGGUGCGCGUUCUCUGAGCUGAGGACGGGAGCGACCAGCGACGAGGGCGGACAUGGAGAGGGAGAUAGCUGAAGUGGAGGAGGAAGAGGAGGAGGUGGCGUGCGAGUGCUGCGGCUUCACGGAGGAGUGCACGGCGCCGUACAUCGCGGGGGUGCGCGCGCGGUACGGGGGCCGGUGGAUCUGCGGCCUGUGCGGGGACGCCGUCGGUGAGGAGCUCGGCCGCGCGUCCCCGCCCAUCUCCCCCGCCGAGGCGCUCGACCGCCACGCCUGCGUCUGCCGCCGGGCGUCCGCCCCGCCGUCCCCCGCGGGGAGCCCCGACGACCUCAUCGCCGCGCUGCGCCUGCUCCUGCGCCGCAGGCUGGUGUCGCCGGCGCCGAGGAGGGCGCGCUCCACGGCCAGCAGCCCCAGGCGCGACCACGCGCUCCCCGUCGCGGCCUCCGUCGCCACCGCCGGGGGCGCCGGGAGCUCGCUGGCGAGGACGGGGAGCUGCUUCGCCGCGCUCGUGGAAUGAUGAAAGCUAAGAAGAACGGAAGAUGCUAAGAACAACAACAACAACAACAACAAAAAGCAUCAAGGAAUGGUGGUAGUCUCUUGUAGCUCGCUUGCCUUUGUUUACACCGCACUGUAAAUUUCCACCGUGCUUUUACCUUUCUUAUCAUCGCUUCUUACUUCUCUAGCUACUAGCAGUAAAGUUAGCAGGAUCCAAGAUCAAUAAACAUGUGUAUAUAUAUGUGGCGAAGAGCGACAGACUAGUAUAUAUGAGAAAUGGAAGUAAUUCCAUGUUUUUUCUCAGGUAUGUACAUUCCUGCUUCUCCUGAGUGAUUUCUGCUCUUUCUGUUUUCUUGAACGGAAUGGUUUGUGUUUCUGAUUGUGCGCUUGGCGUGCUUCUUCUGUAAGCUCAAUUCUUGCUGUAAAAUGAAGCGUGAUCUCCACUCA